AUGGGUGUUACAGGCCUUUGGCAGGCAGUCACUCCAGCAGCAAAGAAAUAUUCUCUGCAAGAGCUCAUGGUCAACCACAUGUUUAAUCUGGAUGGCACAAAAUGCUCUGAGCAUCUGUUCAGGAUUGGUGUUGAUGCCAGUCUUGGACUUAAGUAUUUUUACCCGUGUGGGCAGAACCCGGAGUUGAGGACGCUCUUUUACAAGUUAGCACACCUGUAUCGCACCCCAGCUGACAUCCUCUUUGUCUUCGAUGGCCUGCAAAAGCCAGCAAUCAAGCGGGGCAAGAAGGUUGUCACUAUUCCACCAUGGCUUACAACGUACUUCAAGGACUUUGCUAGUGCUUUCGGAUUUCGGACACAUGAGGCAGCAGGCGAGGCAGAGGCAGAGCUAGCUGCCCUCAAUCAGCUAGGGGUUAUUGAUGCUGUCUGGACUGAGGAUAGUGAUGCGUUGAAUGGCCUCUCAUGUUGUGGAUGGAAGACAACUCGUGCGCUUGCUCAACAUGGUGUUGGAGAUGAGCUGCUACAUGCGGUGACCACUACUGUGAAUGAGGAUGAUCUUACCACAUUCCUUGGACCUUGGGUCAAGCACGUCUGUGAUCUCCUCACCGAGAUGGGCUGUAAGAAACUUUCUGCCACCUUUCCAACUGACUUUCCCUCCCCUGCUGUUGUCCUGGCAUAUGUUAAGCCCUCGAUCACAUUCACGUGUGCCGAUCCUGGGCCUCCUCAAGCCUUGUCAAUGCUGCUCAGAAAGCUGCAAGGAAUUGACCUGGAACGACUGGCUUUCCUGUGCGAGUUCCGCUUUGGGUGGUCUAGAGGUGGACCACCCAUCCCAGUCCAUGCCAUUGAAUCUUCUGGUACACUCGGAAAGCUGAAGAACCUGGUCUAUGAGGGAGUUUGUAUUCGCAAUCUAUGUGGUAUGGACAGAGCAGACUCGGACACUCUAGGUAACAUAUGCCCCCAGGGUCCAUCUGAGUCUUCUUCCAAGUCAUGUCCAGUGCAGCAGGGCUUCAUGCUCGAUUCAGUUCUCUGUAUUCGCUCACAAUGCAAAGAUGCUGCCUCAGGACAGGUACUGGUACAGCACUGCUUGGAGAUCGACACCACGCCAUUAGCACUCCCUGCAAAAUGCAGUGUUGCUCGAGUACUGAGCAUGCCAGAUGGUGUUCCCCAGGCUGGAUUAUUUGCAGAUUCCACACCCAGCACUCACCCAGCACUGAGCACUCACCGGGUCUGGAUGCCAGAUCCGGUGGUCAGGUUUGCACUCCCAGGUUUGCUUGCAACUGGGCUGACGAAGCAUGACACUGAGGAACCAAGCCAUUCUGCACACCAAAGGCCGAGUCAUGGCAAGGAGAUGAUUGAACUCACAGACAGCGAUUCCGAGACUGAAAGAGAGAUCAUUGAACUUACAGAUAGCAAUUCCGAGACUGAGAGGAAGAAUAGUAGCAGUGGUGGCCACACAUUUGACUUGGGUGUCAUUGAGCUCACAGAUUCAGAAUAA